AGCCAUUUUUGACAGCUGAGAUUUAAUGAUGCCAACCAAACAUGUGUGAUUAUUUAUCAUAAAAUUGAUAACAUUUGGAUACAUACCUAAAAAGUUCUGAUCGAUAAUAUUUCUUUUUAUUAAUGUUUGUAAUAAAAAUCUCAAUUUUGUAUCAUGAAAUUCAAAAUUAACUUGCAAAAUUUUACACAUAUCAAUUUUUAAAAUUUUGACUAUGAAUAUUUGUACUGCUUUGAAUAAUCAUAACCAUGCCUACAUAAUAUAAUGUGACUGAAAUAUAAACAAACAAGAUGUUUCUGUUUUCGAGAAGAAUAUUUCAAUUACGAGUUUUAAAUCACAAAAUUUGUGGAAAGCGAAACAAAUAUAUCGUUCUUCUUCCAGAAAUUCCUUCUGACACAGCUGAAAAUAAUCCCCUUCUACGUAGUAGUAACAUUCCUCCAUUUAGUGAAUUAACUACAGAAAAAUGCAUCAGUGCCAUAGGAAAACUUGUUAUCGAAUAUGAAUCGAGCAUUCAUCACAUGGAUCAAAAGCUCUAUGAUUCUGAAAUUGAAAGAAAUGUACAGAACAUUAUUCUUCCACUUGAUAGACUUUCUGGGCCUCUUGAUUUUGCUUGGGGUGCAUUUAAAAUAUUGUACACUGUUAGACAAAAUGAUAAAAUAGCUGAUGCAUAUAUUAAGCUUCAUCCUAGAAUAAUUAAAGCAAAACGGGAAAAAUAUCUCAGCUCUUCAAUUUAUCAGGCAUUCAAGGAACUUAAAGAAAAGGAAAAGCAAUUUACAGAUCCCAUUAAAAGACUAAUCAAUAAACAUUUGUUAGAAUCUCGGUUAUCAGGAAUGGAUUUAUCGGAUAGUGGCUAUAAGCAUUUUCAAAGUAUAAUACUGAAGCUUGAAAAACACAGAGGAAAUUAUAAGGCAAAACUGACAGAAGUUACAUCAAGGUUUUCUCAAGAUUUGCAAUUCAAUGAUGUGAAAAAUUUUCCUCGUGAAUUAUUAAAGCUAUUUGCAGCAGAUCCAUCUAAUGCUUCAAAAGGUCCAUGGACAUUAACCCUUGAACCUCAUGUGUAUCACAAUUUCCUAAAGUAUUGUGACAAUCGUCUUUCAAGGUGGAAUGCAUAUUAUGCUUAUAAUGUUAGAGCAUCAUCUAUUUCUGGCCAGGAAUUGAAUAACAGCAUUGAAAUUGAAGAAAUUAGAUAUCAGAGGAGUGAAUUAGCUCAACUUUUAGGUUAUAAAACAUUUGCUGAAUUGUCUAUGAAAACCAAAAUGGCUGGCACUGUUGACAAUGUUCUAGAAAUGAUAACAACACUUCAUGUAAAGAGUAAAAAAGCUACUGCUAAAGAAAUAGAAGAAUUGCAGACUUUUGCAAAUAAAUGUGGCUUUCAAGACACCCUUCAGUUGUGGGAUAUACCUUAUUACCAAAGAUUACAUAAAGAAGAAUUAUUCAACAUAGAUGAUGAUGUUGUUCGUCAGUAUUUCCCAUUGCCAGCUGUUCUUGAAGGUCUUUUUAGUAUAUGUAAUAAAUUGUUUGAUAUAACUAUCAAGGAGCACCAAGAAGAAGUUGACACAUGGCAUGAUGAUGUAAAGUUUUAUAAAAUUUUUGAUGCUGCUGGCAAAGAAAUUGCCAGUUUUUACCUUGAUCCUUAUAGUAGAAGCCCAGAAAAAAUUCCAGGCUCAUGGAUGGAAAUUGGUCGAAAUCGCAGUGAUGUUAUUGGGUCUGAUCCUUUAGCAUAUUUAAUCUUUAAUUUUUAUCCACCUUCUUAUGGAAAACCGUCCUUAUUGUCAUUUGAUGAUUUAAAGCUUCUAAUGAAGAAAUUUGGUCAUCUUCUUCAACAUUCGUUAACUACUGUAUCAUAUAAUGAAGUUGCUGGUCUCACUAAUUUGGAAUGGGAUGUUGUGAACGUUUGUCCAAUUGUUAUGAGUUCUUUUUUGAAGAAUUACAAAACAGUGGCUUCUCUUAGUAAACAUGUUGAUUCAGGAAAAAUAAUUUCCUCUGAACUACAUGAUCAACUGAUAAAACGUGACUUAUAUAUGACAGGUUUGCGACUGACAGAAGAAUUAUAUUUGUGUGCUUUAGAUUUGGAGAUGUAUAGUGGGAAAGAAUUUUGGCUGAAUCUUACAAAAAGAGUUUGGUCUGACUAUAUGCCCUUUCCUUAUGAAAAAGAUGCUGCCCAACCCUGCUCAUUUUCUGAAAUUUUCAGUGAUCAAUAUCCUGCUGCAUAUUUUUCAAAUCUCUGGGCAGAAAUGAUUGCUGCAGAUGUGUUUAGUGCUUUUGAAGAAGCUGGAUUGGAUGAUGAAGAACAAUUACAGAAAAUUGGUCAUAGGUUUCGAGACACGUUUUUGUCUUUGGGAGGUGGUUGCCACCCCGGAGAAGUAUUUCGCAAAUUCAGAGGCCGUGAUCCAAGUACAGAUGCUCUUUUAGUGAGUUUAGGACUUUCAACUAAGCAUCACAGCCAAUUCAAAUCGAACAUGAAGAAUAUCUAGAGCUCUUGCAGUGUUAUCAAAUUUAAUACUUGUCAUUGAUAUAUCAAUAAAUCUGAUUGUUUUAUUUUAUAA